AUGCCAGGGUUUGCCAGUUUUCGGAGAAAGCUUUCACGAACCAAGUCUGUGCCUGGGCCUGUCGAAGUCGCGGAAGAGAGUCGAGAUCAAUUGCAGCCAUGGCCAAGGAAAGCGUUGUCCUUGACACCUUCCGACGAGCAGCUCGUCGCCAAACUGGCAUUUACUCCCGAAACCGCCAUCAUCGAACGAGCGCCUCGUCGACAGACUCCGUCGGUGGGGACUAGGUGGUCCGAGCGGACAGUGUUUAACAAUGUCGAGUCCGGCUUCCUCUCACUACCAACGGAGCUUUUGAUGUUUCUCCAACCAUACUUGAGCCCAAGUAGUGAGGUCUCCCUCCGUCAUACUUGCUCGAGGUUCUUCCAUCUCUAUAGCACGCCAUCCUUUGUCUUGACGGGGAAAGAGCUUUUCGAUUUCCUCUGUAUGACUGAACGGGAUCAGGAUCCCACUGAACUAGAUAAGCUGGUGUGUAGCAGGUGUCAGAUGCUUCAUCUCCGGUCCACCUUCCCUACGGCAGAGAUCAAACAGGAAUCAACCUUGCGAGACUGUAGACAGGUCUGGCUGUGCCCACAUCGUCACCUUGGUUACCAGAGGACGAUCCGCAACAUCAAGGCCGGGGUGGAAUCACCAUUUCGAGUUGAAACACUGGAGCCCUGUUCGAGGUGCAGAAACUCUAUUCGCAACAGGUCUGUUGCCGACCGCCCCGAGAAAGGCACCUCUGCCAUGGAUCUGGAGAAUCCGAAAGCCGAGUCUCUGUUGAUCUCCAAGAUUGCCCUUCUUCAAGCGCCAUCACCAUUGUAUAACGCAAGAACAAGCGGAGGUAGUGGCAUGUACAAAGAAGUGUUCCAGGUCAAGGAUGUUUCCAGCGCUCUGUCAGGGAUUGAUUUCCGCCUCUGCGCCCAUAUGAAGCUCGGAGAUCCUUACAUCCUCAGCAAGUUCUGCAGAGCAUGCAUCAAUACGCAACGGCUCCCACCUGGGGUGAAAGGCCCACCUUGUAUCAAUGAGUCGAAGCGAGAGUUUGGAGCCGGCCGGACUCGCGCGAAGUGCAAAGGCACCUGCUUUACUCGAGGCUGUAAAACACAAUUCAUGUUUCAAGCUCGCGAAAGUCUGUCACCUGACGCUUCUGGGAGGCGACAAGUCUGGCUCAUUAUUGUCGUUUAUCGCUGGCUAGGUCCGCUCUUGAGUGCAGGACGGGAUGGCACCUGGACUGACCACGCCAUCGACCAUCAAGAACGGAAGGAGAUGCGCGUGAAAUGGGCCGAGUGGGAAAAGGUAAACCGAUCUGGAAGACAAUGCAUGCCGAAUUGGAGCAUCUGCCUUCUACAUCCGGAAGAUUCGAAUUUGCGCUGA